AUGUCUGGAGACCACGCUCGCUACCAGCCAACUACGCCACCUGGUCAGCCUUACGAGGAAUAUCUUGGGUCCGGACAUAGUCGUAACCCAUCUACUUCAUCUAUCUACUCUGGUGAAUCUUCACCUUGGUCCACCAUGACGAGCAAUACUAGCCCUGGUACUUCGCCAACCCGGCAUCACCAUGGUCCUGCACUCUUACCCAAAAUUCGACCUCAAGAUGUGGUGAUUGAACCUGUCUCUUCUGCUGGCCCUCUGCGUACCCGCCGGUUCUUGUCCAACACACGAAAUACUCCUGGAUUUGCACCUUAUUCCCUUAGCCGUCCUUCUUCUCGACGCAACCAGCCAGAUACGGCUGAUCGGAUUCCUUUGGCAUCUCCCAUUUCACCUAUUGUCACCACGGGUCCUAUCAGUCACUCUGCUUUGUCGUCUCCAGUGACUAUCACAUCAAACAAGCGCAAAGCGUCUGGGGGUCAUAAUCGAUCCGUGUCAGCCUCAAGUAUUGAUGAGGCUACUCUGAGCCGAUAUGGAUAUCCUACCUACCGACAGCUCCCAAAGUAUGUGCCGCAUGUACAGGCGCAAACAACCCCAACUACACCAGUUACCCCAGUGACUCCGAACAUCGUGGUCUACCCAUCUCUACCACAGCAACCCACAGUAGAAGUUCCUCGGCUCGGUCCUGUGCGCACUCCACGUCAUCCGUUGACUGUGCCAACGCCCCAGUACUGCCGCAGCCCAGUUCACGGCCCUCAAAGAUCACCAAUGGAUCUGAUGAGCCCCCGGGAAGAUUCAAUUCCUCAAUCUACCAACUUGAUCUCGUACUUGACAGCUCCCACUCAACCAGUCAACCUAGUCCGAAAUGUCAGUGUCAUUCCUACCCGUGGCAUGCAUGACUACUUCUGGUGGGACAUCCGUCAGCUCCGCAACUGGGAAUCCUUCUCUUUUGCCACGAUUGACAAAAUCGACGGACUCACCCAACUACUAAGAACCGAGAUCCCCGGAACCCUGGCUCCCCCCGUAGGUGUUUCCUCUUCUCGUCUAGCCCCGGAGUCUGAACCUGGUCUAGUGGACCUAAUCCGCGAUCUCUAUGCCCCACGAGUCAAUGCAGCAUUAGCCGUUUCCCAAGGAGCAGAACAUCUCCAACUCUAUCCAGCUCCAGAUAUCCGUCAUACCGGACACAAAAACCACGGCCACCCGCAUUUCCUAGCCAACUACUCCACAGACACAGAUUGCACUAGCGCAGGGCUCCCACGUGGCCGACUCGUGGGUAUAGUCAAGAGUUUCGACAGAUGGAACUCGGCAAUGCGCAAUGAAGCACCCCACCGUCGCGUCGAGUAUCUAAACGGCCUAGCCCAUCUCCAGCGCUGCAUGCGCGAACAUUCCUGUCGCUACGGCUUCAUAAUCACGGAAAUCGAACUCAUCUGCGUUCGCGCCGGCUGCGACGAUGGCUGUGACGUCCCAUAUUUCGGCUACCUGGAAGUGGCAGCGCCAAUUCCACUUAAAACGGCCGCGACGCCCCAAACCGCGCGCGAUGUUCCAGCACUCGCAACCCCGAUCAGUGCACGUUCUUUCUCAUCCUCUUCUCAUGGCUCAUCUUCAUCAUAUUCCGGACAUCCGUCCCCUGCGCUUGAGUCGGAAUGUUUGGACGAUGGCUGUUCAACUCCCAUGACUGCUAGUCUGGCUUUGUACUUUCUGCUCAUGCUUUCUAAAUCCGUUCCACUUCCCUAUCAGCCGUCCGCUCACCUCAACGUUGGCGGACCGGGUGCUCUUACCCGGCAGCGUGUUCUUUCCGAGCCUAAAGAUAGCUGGAUCCCUGAGCCGCAGAUUGGUGAGCGUCGCGACGCUAAGCGGGUUCGGGGAUGGGUUUGGCCCCAUGAAGCUUGGCAUCGGCGGGAAGGCGGCGGUGUUCCUCGAUCAACAAGGAAUAUCGAUAUUAGGGCGAAGAACUGGCAUAAAUAG